AUGACCUACAUUCUCUUCUAUUUCCUACUCUUUUCGGUUAUCAUCGGUGGAACAGCGUUAUACCUCACUCGGUCACGAUGGAUGCCAUUAGUUCAAGUACCUGAUUAUCUCUAUCACCGCCUUCCCUCAAGUUUUACCGCCGAUCUCGAGGCCGGCCUGAGCUCGUCACAAUUCGACAUCACUGCCAAUCUUGCAGAUGGGGAUUCGAGAGCUGGUUUGGAUCAACGAGCAAAGACCGAAGUUAUCAAGAUUAUGAAGAGUCGAAAGGUCAAUUUUGAUGAAGCACGGCGGAUUUUUACAGAGCAACGAUUUGCGAAGAAUGACAUCGGACCCGAUGGCCGGCCAAGGGACCCCAAAUUCGUCUCAUUUUCGUGA